AUGCUAGUCCUAUGCUUCUUCGCACUGAUAGGGAGGUCCAUCCAGGACGAAUGUGCUGCCCUUCGUGGCGAAGGUGUACCUUCGCUUCACUCGUUCACCAGUCCAGGUUAUCCAUAUCAAUACCCAGCUAACUUGGAUUGUGUUCGAGUUAUCCAGGCUCGUGCGGGAUUCGACAUCCUCGUUCACUUCCUCCACCACUUUCAGGUUGAGACGGCGUACGACGUUGUUAGAAACACCGAAGAAGUUGGCAUCACUUCAAAUUGUCCAAAUGACUUCAUCGAAUUUCGUGAUGGACGAUACGGAUUUUCUCCAUUAAUUGGACGAUUUUGUGGAAUGGAAUUACCAAUGACAGAAAUUCGUGCCAGAUCAGGUUUUAUGUGGAUUCGUUUUCGUACCGAUGAUCUCCUCGAGUAUAAAGGAUUUUUUGCCACCUACGACAUGGUUCGAUCAACUGAUCGGAAAGUUAACCAGCACGACUGUCAAAUUCAGUAUCGCCACGCUCUGGAUGGCUUCAUUGAAACAACUACUUUGACUUCAGGUUUGCCGCUAAACUUCACCGGACCACUCGAUUGUAUUUGGCUUAUCGAAGUGCCUCGUGAGUACAGUAUAGUACUGUACAUUAAUGAGUUCUCGCUUUACUCUCCAAAUCACUGUAGCCAUAACUUUUUCGAGGUAUUCUCUGGCACCACGUCCGAUCAACCUUUAAAAAGAUACUGCGGUUUGACCGCAGCACCAGUAUUCUCUUCCCACAACCUCAUGUACAUUCGUUUCUACCUCGACGACGCCAAUCGCAUUCGCAACACGUCCAUCUCAGCACUCUAUUCGUCUUUUGCAAAAUUGAAGAACUGUUCCUCCAAACAGAUGUUCAGUUGUGGCGACGACAACUGUGUGCCGCAACCGCUAGCUUGUAACGGUCGUAAAAACUGCCCGUAUGGGAACGACGAAUUAAACUGUCAUGUUGCUCAAGAUUUCUUCUUUCGGCUCAUUUUCAACUCGUACAGUCCUCUUGUCUUCCUUAUACUUAUCGUUUUUAUUGUUGUAACCGGACUUUUCCUAUGGUACUAUUGGCCCAGAGAUUGCUGCAGGAGAAAGAAACGCAGCUACACGAACUACCUGGCAGACAUUGGUCGUCAAAACGGAUUCUUAUCACGCGAAAUUAUUAGGAAUGGAAUCCGAACGGGGACCAAUAGGAAGUGA